AGUUUUAGGUGCAAUUGUCGAAGUGGGAUUUGGCCUUCAUGACCCGAGAGAGACAAAGAAAAGGAAAGAGCGCGUUAUGUGGUUCUUGCCUCGGUAGUAGCAGAAACUCGCAAAGCCUGAAGCACGUAUAAAAUGCCUGGUGAAAUGAAUUCAAUGUUCGGAGAUCUGAACAGGAUCUCUCUGCAUCAAACUCUCUGCAUAAUUCAGAUCCAAAAAUCAGAUCUCGCUAACUGAGAUUACUAUUCUCUUCCUCUCACUUUUCAUCCCUUUUUUACUCAAAUUCCCCUUUCCACUUUCUCGAGAAAAUCAUUUUCCGUCGUUUUUCUUUCUGCGGCUUCCUUCUUCCUCGCAAUUUCAACCGACACGGGCUCACAAUGGCUCCAAGCUUCAACAAACGAAGAAUCCUUUCCGCUUUUCGCAUUUUCCUUCUCCUCUCCCUCUUCUUUAACCUAUCAUCCACCUUUGCUCAGGAUUCUCUCUCGCAGAACGCAAUGGAAGGAUUCGGUGGAUCUGUGGAUCUCGGUCGCCGCGGCAAAAUUGUGUUGAAUGAAAUAGAUAAUGGUUCGAUCCUUUCUCUUGGCUUGGAUUCCACCGGACCUGGACUCUUCGAUGCUUUUUUCGCGAGUUUAUCGAUGAUCAUUGUCAGCGAGAUCGGGGAUGAGACGUUUAUAAUAGCAGCUCUUAUGGCUAUGCGUCAUCCUAAGUCAAUUGUCUUGUCUGGUGCGCUAAGUGCGCUGUUUAUAAUGACGGUACUUUCUACUGGGCUAGGCAGGAUUGUCCCAAACUUGAUUUCUAGGAAGCAUACAAAUAGUGCGGCUACAGUUCUUUAUGCUUUCUUUGGGCUAAGGUUACUAUACAUUGCAUGGAGAUCAACUGAAUCAAAAUCCUCCCAGAAGAAAGAAAUGGAAGAAGUUGAAGAAAAACUGGAAGGCGGACAAGGGAAAACUCCAGUUCGGCGUUUCUUUUCAAGAUUUUGUACACCAAUUUUUUUGGAGUCCUUUAUUUUAACAUUCCUUGCUGAGUGGGGUGAUCGUAGCCAGAUAGCGACAAUUGCACUGGCGACCCACAAAAAUGCUCUGGGAGUAGCUGUUGGGGCCUCUUUGGGUCACACCUUCUGUACUUCGCUGGCAGUGGUGGGAGGAAGCAUGCUGGCAUCUAAAAUUUCCCAACGCUCAGUAGCUACUGUUGGUGGCUUGCUCUUCCUCGGAUUUUCCAUAUCUUCAUACUUUUACCCGCCUCUAUGAUUAAUAUAAGUGCAUAUUAAUAUGAUUCGUAAUGGCUUGUAGCCUUUCUAUCCCGCUUUAUUUUUCCACAUAGUUGUCUCAAUUGUAGAUUUUGUUGUACUUGUUCCCUAGGAAAGCUCGACUAACUGGAACAUGAGAUUUUGAUUCCCAUUCUUUUUUGUAAAAUAUGUUACGUUUUUGUUUCG